AUGACAACCGAGCCGACACUUUAUGGCACGAGUUUCUUAUCAAGUGACGAGCGGCUGAGUGCGCGCACGAGACGACGUCGAUCACUACUUAAAUGGAGUGUUAUCGUGCUUAGUAUCUGUGGCUUAUGUGGCAUUUUCACAGUCUUUCGACUGCUUUCAAUGAUGCCACAGGAUCAUGUAGCUGUCAUAAAAACAGCGCAAUCGUCUACAGCCACUGGUGGUGCUAUCAAUGCAACAGUCUUUUGCGUACAAAGCUCGUAUCAAGAUAAUGUCACGACGAUGAUGGCACCAAUCACAGGUCUCAAGUGGACAAAACAUGAGAUAAGAGACUCCGUGUCAAGGAUUAGAGUUGAUGUAGCUACUGAAUUCCAGACGAUAUUAGGCUUUGGUGGUGCAUUUACAGAAGCAGCAGCACUGCAAUUUUAUAAAUUAUCACAGGAGAAACAGGAAGAAAUCUUAACACUCUACUUUGAUCCACACAAGGGCAGUGGCUAUACCUUUGGACGUGUGCCCAUGGGUUCGACGGAUUUCUCAGUGGAGUCGUAUAAUUUUGAUGCGAUUGUCAAUGAUACUAACCUGGUACACUUUGAUCAAGAGGUUCAGCAUGAUGAAAAAGUUGUCAUUCCAUUUAUUAAACGUGCCCUAGCACGACAACCAAAGCUCAAAUUGUUUUUCACACCAUGGAGUCCACCUGCUUGGAUGAAACGUAAAACACUCACGUAUACACCUAGUAUGCUGAAUUCAGCCAAACCCAUUGGGUUAAAAGAUGAUGUUCGUGCAACGUGGGCACUCUACUUUUCAAAAUUUGUUACGGCGUACAAACAACACAAUAUUUCAUUCUGGGGACUUACGCCGCAGAAUGAACCACAAGCUGAAGUGCCAUGGGAGUCGUGUAUGUACACGGCUGAGUAUCAAGCUGAGUUUAUUGGAAACUUUCUUGGACCUGUGCUAAAACGUGAUCAUCCUGAGCUAAUACUAAUGGUCUUUGAUCACAAUCGUGGCAGUGUCCGUCAAUGGGCAGAAGAGAUUUACAACCAUCCAACGGCGGCACAAUACGUGGACGGUAUGGCUUUCCAUUGGUACGAUAACGAACGCUACAUGGACGGUGUUGAACACCAUACGCGUUUGAAUGACACGCACUUUAUGAAUGAAAACCGAUUUAUGCUUGCUACGGAGAGCUGCAACUGUCCAGAUGUAGGCCACGGUGAUGUAGCAUGGUUUCGUGCGCAGCGUUAUGGACACGACAUCAUGACGGAUCUGAACAAUUAUGUUGCUGGGUGGGUCGACUGGAAUUUGAUACUUGACAGUAAGGGAGGACCAAACCACUUGGCAAACUUUUGUGACGCCCCCAUCAUUCUCAUGGAGGACGAAACGGAUUUCUACAUUCAGCCUAUGUACUAUUUCAUCCAGCACUUUUCCAAGUAUAUUCCUGUAGGCUCACGCCGUGUCAAAACAAAGGUAGCAUCAAAAUUUGCUCAUCCUGGCGACCCACAAUUGUUCGUCGACUAUCCAUCGAUGCUGGCUGCUUGCGACGGAAGCUCGCGUCAAAAGUGGCGUCCGACGGAUGAUGGAAAACUUGAAGUGACUGGCACUGGAUUUUGCAUUGAUCUAAAGAACACCACAUGGCAAGGACAUCAAGGUCUUUUGGUAGAUUGCAGGUACACGCAGCAGCACUGGAUAUAUGAGAUUGGGAGCGGCCGCAUUCGCAUGGGAGACUACUGCAUCUCGCUGAACCACGGCUCGACUCAGGAUGGUGUACGGAUUAGCACCAAUUUGUGUCAGAAAGAGGUGGUACCGCACCAGCAGUGGAGGUUCGACGCCAAAGACGGCACUAUGCGCUCAUAUGCGUCGACGACAGACCAGUGCGUGACUGCCGGUUAUGCUUUCGUUCAAGCCGCUGCCUUCGUGACUCCGGAGAACCGCAAAGUGCUUGUGGUGAUGAAUGAAAACACGGAAUCAGCUGAUUUCGAGCUGCAGGUUGGCGGCGUUGCACUAGAGACGACGGUGCCAGCUCGAGCCAUUCGGACGUUUACUUGGGAGUAA